AUGUCGUUGCCUCUUCCCCCAGAACUAAUCCGCGAAAUCAUCUAUUUCCUGAUCUUGUCCGCCCCUCCGCGCUCCUCUACCCCAGAAGACCCCGGCUGUUCAACGAAACCCAGUUGGCACGCACUCAAUGCGUUCAGUCUCACCUCAAGAACGUACCGUGCCCUCAUCCUUGAAGCUUGGUUCUGCACCCUCUAUAUUGAGUCACCUGAGGACUUGGAACAUGUAAGGUGCUGUUGGCCCGAGGUGGGAGCAAAAUGGACUAGGCACCUACACUGCGUCCAACCUCGGAACAGCAGCUCCCUCUCCCUUUGGGACCUCUCCUCUCUUCUGCACCUCUCCUCCAUCCGGGUGGAUUGGCUUUCACCCAUCCUCAUGCGAUCUAUCUAUCCCCGCCUCAGUCCGACGUCAUCAGGCAUGCCUUUCUUCAACUUCUCCUCCUCGGUCGAACACCUUGACCUGCGCGGAUUGGUGUGGCCUACUCCUCAGGUGCUCCAGAAUAUCCCUCGCACCCUGGGCCUUGAGCAUCUGAAGACUUUAAAAAUGAAGCAUCACACGUCAUGGUGUGGGCUCUGCGGUAUGUCCUAUAAGCUCCGAUUCAAGGACAGGCCGACCAUCAUAUAUGAGGGGGGUUAUGGGUUGCCUAUCGACUAUGCGCGCGUUCUGACCCCGCUUGAAUACCUCGAACAAGUCGUGAUCACUGUACCCAAUAGCGGCCUUGGGUCGACCACACUUGGUCACACCCCAACAACCCCAGAUCCAGACCCAGAAACAAAUUCGAAUCCAAAUCUAUGGGCGGGGGAAUGCGACACUUGCAUAAAAAGCAAGUAUGAGGAUGACGCCUUCCGCCAAAAGUGGGUGGAUAGGAAGAGGGGUGUCGGUGUGUGCUGCGAUGAUGAUGGCAAGAAGGAUACGAGGCCACCCAAGUUGAGGAGAGUGGAAUGGCGGUUUAGUGGCGGUCCUUGAAGACACCCGAUACCAGUGAUUUAUAGGCUGUACAAAAAUGAACUGAACUUUGCUGGUAUCAUAUACAUUCACGAUAUAUCAUCAACAUGUAUUUUUUGAAACAAGGCUGGAUAGCCUGAACUUUUUGUUGAAACUACAGUUGAAUCCGCGGAAUGUUGGUUCUAUGCACGACAAAGUGCUUGACGACGACUAUUGGAAGAAGCGAUCGAGAGGGGAUUGACUGUCCACAAAUUCGAGAACUCCCAUGAAUUUUCCUGAAAGGCGGUCAACUUGAUCAUCCAGGCAAACGGAGAGAGGCACUCGGGAGUCGGAACAGUGAUUUGGAAGCUUCGGGGCUCAACUUGAUUGUCUUUGGAUGUCAGGAGACUUCAAGUGGGUUAGUCUCCUCCCCAGAAAUCGCUGCCGCUCAGUCGGGCAUAAUUACUGAAAUCAGGAGUGGUCAUGCCAGUACCUACGCCCAGUGCGUACCUAAUCGCAGUCUGAAUACUUCAGUUUGAAGGAUUU